AUGGCCAAUAGCAGCCAGCGGAUGGCGCUCAGCACCAACAAGAACAAGAACUGGCGGGCCAACUACCUGCGCGCGCUCAACAUCUUCACGCCGGACCUGGCCCCGUCAACGAGAGGGCGGCACGUCUCGGCCAACGGGGAUGGGAGGCGGACAGCGGCUCAACAGGCUAAUGGACGCUCCGAGACGACUACGAGUCGGCGGCGCACGGUGGCCGCACCGUCAGCGUCGACGGACGAACCGACGCGCCGCGCCGUCAGUGGCAACAAUAGCAGAGGACGCUCCUCCGUGUCGGCGUCGGUGUCGGCGUCCACUUCGGCUAGGCACAGCAGCAGCAGGUCCGGUUCUUCGUCUCGCAGCAGGAGAGGGACGUCCCCUUCGGAUGACAAGACCUCGUCCUACGUGUUUGGACUGCGCUCGCAUCUCUUCCGGGCGCGGAAACUCGCGACGAGAAGCGACAUGAUGGUGGUGGAUCGCGUGUCGGCGCCCAUCGAGAUCCCGAUAGGUACCUCUGCGACGUCUCCGACGGCCAUCCCCUCACGAACGGACAAGCUGUUGGACAGGAGAGACUCGGAGUCGCAUCGGCGGCGUGGCAGCAGCCACGACUUUCAGAACUCGACGGACAAGCAGGCGAUGGUGCAGUUGCUCUCCUGGGAAGAGCCGUCCGUGAUGCUCGGCAAUGGAGGCUGGCCGCUCGAGAGUGAGAAGCGCAACAGCAAUAAUAACGGCAUGAGCGCGGGGUUGGCUAUUCCUAUGAGCAGAAACGACGGUGGCCGAACUCGGAGAUCUUCACGUCCAUAUUCAGGUCCUGACGGUAUUGCAGAGGAGUGCGAAGACACUGACGACGAUGAUGCGGACGGGCUGACAAACACAGAGGACGACGACGAUGACGACAUAUUUAAGAUGGAGUUCGAGGGCGAAGGCGGCGACUCCAAGGCCAAGAACGUAUUUAGGAGCAAGCACGCGAGCAGUGACCGGCGGCGUGUGGGGCUGCGGCAGCGUGUGCCCGGAGGUUUUGACGAUUUCGACGACGAGGAAGACGAUGUCGUCACGCCGCUGUCUGCGUCGUUUGUGCCUCCGCAUCAAAUGGUGGAGCGCGGGUGCUUCUCACUGGGUCUGCGGGACGAGCUCAAGCGGAAGCCUGGCGUGCACAUCUAG